CGAGAAAGAAUGGAAAGGAUGACAUGGGAAUGAAUGGCGAAAUGAGGGUUCUCUUGAGUCACGAGAAAAAGAUCCAUUCGGGACUGAGGUAUCAAGAUUUUCUUCCCCUCUUCUUCUAUCUCCAUCACAAUACCGCAUAGCAAUAGCAACCAUGAACCAUGGCGACCAAUAACAGUAACAACAACAACAACGACAAGCCCAUUAUCCGACAUCGUCAAGUUGUGAGUCGACGCCGACGAGAUGGCCUGAUCCGUUAUGCCUCGGAUACUACGAGUCAAAAUGGGGAAGAUGGCAUUAUUGCUCGAAUCUUUGACUGUCUACCUCCGUCUUCUUGUCGCUAUUGCGUGGAUAUUGGGGCAUGGGAUGGUAAACAUCUUUCCAAUACCUAUUCCUUAUUGGUUACUAACGGAAACACAAGCAGUAAUACCAAGUGGAAGGGUCUCUUGGUCGAAGCAGAUCCCCACAAAUUCCAAGACUUGUCGGCAUUGCAUACCCCGCGGGGCAAUAUCUGUAUCCAGGCCGCCAUUUCCACAACUCCAAAAUCUCCCCAUCGACUCGAGAAACUACUCCACGAACACUCUCCCGAUUUCCCACUCGACUUUGAUUUUCUCUGUAUUGACAUUGAUGGAUCCGAUUAUUGGGUACUGGACGGACUCUUUCGAAACAGUCCCUUUCGUCCGAAACUCAUUUGCAUUGAAUUCAAUCCCACCAUGCCACAAGAUCUCAUUUACAUUCCUCCCCGAAACGAUUCUAUUCGACACGGAGCAUCCAUCGCUGCAUUGGUCGAACUCGCGCAAGAAUUCCACUACGUCCUCGUCGAAACAACCCUCUUUAAUGCCUUCUUUGUGCCGCAAACUCUCUUUCAGCAAUAUUUAGUUGACGAAGUCCCCGACGAUCGAUCCAUUGAAGCAUUGCAGCAAGUCACCAUGGGAACAUCGCUGUAUCAACUCUACGACGGAACACUCAAAGUAUGGGGAUGUAAAAAGUUACUAUGGCAUCGCAUGGCCAUGGACGAAACCAAGUUGCAAAUGCUACCACCCGCACAACGACAAUUCCCAUUUGCACCAUCUUCGGCAGCCGACUCUACUUUUCAGGACGCGGCAGUGGUGGAUAUGAGUGCCAUCCUUGGUCCGACACAGCAACAAACAACAACCUAUCAGCAACAGCAAUGUGCCGAUGAAUUGCUCCAACGACUCGCGGCUGACGGUUUUGCCUUGGUUCGUGGGACGGGGUUGUCUCGACAUGUCUGUCACGAGGCGUUGCAGAUCACCAAGGCAUUCCUCACCGAUGCCGACGAGACGGUACGACGGUCGUGUUUGACAAAAGAUCGAGCACGAAGGGGAUACAGUCCCAUGUGCACGGAAAACUUUGCCUCCUUGAUUGGCACACACGGACCCAACGAUUUGGUCCGCAAGUUUCGAAUGGGGCCUCCCACCACUACUCAAGAUAUUACUAACAACAACAAUGGCACAAACAGCAAUUCGCUCUUGCAACCCAACAUUUGGCCAACGGAUGAAACGUGGGAUGCUCAACUUGCCGCGGCCUUUCAAACGACCAUGGAAGACUACUAUCAAUCGGCCUGUGAAGUGGCCAAUGCCAUUGUGGCCGCCAUUGCGGAUGCCAUGCAACGACAACAUCCGGAACUGUCUCUCGAUGUACUGCUGUUGCCCGACAAGCACAAUAGUGCCGCACACACUUCCAUAUUGACCCUGCUGGGAUACACCGUGGGCACCCGCCACAAACCAGGCAAGAAAAACAGCUCCAAGUCGCCAUUGGUGGCAUCUCAUACGGACGUGGGAGUCAUUACCAUGCUCCUGUUUGAUGGCCCCGGGUGUGCCAAACUCCAACGAAGUGACGGAUCUGGAGGAUGGGUGGAUGUCCAAUUGCCAUCGGUUGUCCCAGAGGAUCCCAUCCUGGUCAUUAACAUUGGUGACUGUCUUUCGGAACUCACCCACCACGUGCUGCCCUCCACGCUGCAUCGAGUGGUGGCAGACACCAAGUGCAAGGAUCCCCGUCACUGCCUCGCCUUGUUCAUGGGGCUGGACCCGGCAGCGUCACUGACCAUCCAAGGAGAAACCAUUUUCUAUGAAGAUUGGAGGAAACGACGAAUAGCUAGAUCUCAACAGGUACUAAAAGAAGCAUCUAAUAAAGAGUAACAACAAUUUUUAAAC